AUGUUGCACUGGCUUAGGGGCUUCGUGCUGCCCCCCGCGGCCUGCCAGAGUGACUAUGACCGCCUGGCCUAUGAGAUCCUCUUUGAUGACCUGGACCACAAUGGGGAUGGUGUGGUGGACAUCGGGGAGCUCAGGGAUGGGCUGAAAAACUUGAAUUCCACGUUUGUGGACGACUCUGAGAAGAUAGUUCUUCAUGCUGCAGAUGUCAACGCUGAUGCAGGACUGGAUUUUGAAGAAUUUAUGCAGUACCUUCAAGAGCAUGAGAAGAAAAUGAAACUGGCAUUUAAGAGUCUGGACAAAAAUAAUGAUGGAGUGAUAGAUGCUUCAGAAAUAGUUGCUGCCGUGAAAUCAUUGGGAAUCCACAUUUCUCUCUCUCAGGCUUACGACAUCCUGAAAAGCAUGGAUACCGAUGGGUCAAUGACAGUCGACUGGGAGGAAUGGAGAGACUACUUUUUCUUCCACCCUGCAAAAAAUAUCAAUGAAAUUAUCCGUUUCUGGAAGCAUUCUACAGUAAUUGAUAUAGGAGAGAGUAUAACUAUUCCAGAUGAAUUUACAGAACAAGAAAAGAAGUCUGGGGAAUGGUGGAAACGGUUAGUAGCAGCAGGAAUAGCAAGCGCGAUCACACGGACAUGCACAGCACCUUUGGAACGCAUGAAAGUCAUAAGGCAGGUUCGCAGAUCAAAAGUGAAUAAAAUGGGAUUCCUUAAUGAGUUCAGGCAGAUGAUAAAAGAAGGAGGACUUUUUUCUCUUUGGCGAGGGAAUGGUGUGAAUGUUUUUAAAAUUGCACCAGAGACAGUACUCAAGAUUGGGGCCUAUGAGCAGUAUAAGAAAUUUCUUAGUUUUGAUGAUGCUAAUUUAGGAGUUCUUCAACGAUUUAUAGCUGGUUCCAUGGCUGGUGCGACUUCCCAAACCUGUAUCUAUCCCAUGGAGGUGAUAAAGACCAGGCUAAUUUUAGGUAAAACAGGCGAGUAUUCUGGGAUUCUCGACUGUUGCAGAAAGCUUCUGAAAACAGAGGGCAUUCAGGUCUUCUGCAAAGGCUAUAUUCCCAACCUGAUUGGCAUCAUUCCAUAUGCAGGUGUAGAUCUUGCCAUCUUUGAGCUUCUGAAGAAUUACUGGCUGGACCACUACUCAGUAAACUCGGUGAACCCUGGGAUAUCGAUCCUUCUGGGCUGCAGCACACUGUCACACACUUGUGGCCAGUUAGCCAGCUUCCCCAUGAACCUUGUUAGAAAUCGCAUGCAGGCAGCUACUCGGAAAAAGGAAACCAUACAUAUGCUGCAGCUCAUUAAAGAAAUAUACAUUAAAGAAGGAAAGACGGGAUUUUUCAAGGGUCUCGCCCCUAACAUCAUCAAGGUGCUUCCAGCAGUGGGCAUUGGCUGUGUGGCUUAUGAGAUAGUGAAAUUGCCUUUUGGGUUAACCUAG